AGCAGAGCUCGCGGCGCCCCACACAUGCAGCACUGGGCCAGAAUGGUCUACCUCAACUAUAAUCGGAAGCGAGAGAUGGAAAAGCAGAAGGAAAUUUUAAUUAUAAAGGAAAUGGAAUGCAGAAAAUUAAAUGCAUCGAAUGCACCAGGAACAUGUGAACCAGUAUGGGAUACAAUUUCAUGCUGGCCAGAGACAGAACCUGGACAAUACCAGAUUCUACCAUGUGCAGACUACUUUCUAGGUUUUGAUCCUAUGAAAAAUGCGACAAAGUACUGUUACGAGAAUGGCACGUGGGAACAUUGGAGCAACUACACACAGUGUUCUGACAGCGGGUACACCACAGUAACUGAACAGUUUGAUGAAGUCCUUAAUGAUUCUUCAGUUGUGAUAUAUGUGCAACUUUCAAGAGACAUUUCCAAAGCAGGCUACAGUAUUUCAAUGGUAUCACUUAUUUUUGCAUUCACCAUUUUGGCAUCUGUCAGGACAUUGUGGUGCCCUCGAAAUAUUUUGCACAUGAACUUGUUUCUUUCAUUUAUUUUGAGAGCAUUUGUUUCACUACUUAAAGAAAGUAUUUUUGUUCUUUAUAUUGGUCUCCCAAGCAAUUUAGUAGAGGAAGGUGGUAUAUAUUUCUUCAAAGAACAACCUGAGAGAAUUGUAUGGGACUGCAAAUUAGUAAUCAGUAUUUGGCAAUAUUUCAUGCUAGCUAAUUAUAGUUGGAUAUUGAUGGAAGCCCUCUACCUACAUAAUCUUGUUUUCAAUGCUCUUUUUUCGGACAGAAGCAGUGUGAUACACUACACCAUUUUAGGUUGGGGAUUGCCUUUGUUGUUUCUUAUUCCAUGGAUUAUAUGCCGUAUUUUUUUUGAAGAUGACUUGUGUUGGACUUUCAAUUUAAAUAAAAAUAUAUCUGCAAUUAUAUAUGUUCCUAUGGCUGCCUCAAAUAUUAUAUGUUUCAUAUUAUUCAUUAGGCUUGUCAGAGUUAUCUUCACAAAACUGCAAUCAUCAGUAUGUGAGCAGACACAAAUCUAUAGACGCCUGGCAAAAUCAACACUAACACUUAUACCUUUGUUUGGAGUGCACUAUGUAGUAUUUCUGGCAUUUGAACAUUCAAAAAUUGGGAUCCGAGCAGAAAUGGUGGUCCUCCUUACCAACAUUCUAUUUGAUUCUUUCCAGGGUUUCCUUGUGGCACUUCUUUAUUGUUUCUUGAAUUCAGAGGUCAGGACAGAGCUAAAUAAGACACCUUUCCAGUGGCCCCAAAGAAGACGAAGGAACACCAAUGCUAGCGAUGGAAAAGCAUUCCUAUCAGUCUCAGCUGCAGGCACUGCAGACAAGAAAAAAUAAUUUUAAAGCUACUAAAUCAUAAAUUUGAAAAGUUACUGUAACAAUGACUUCUGACUAAAUUAGAAAUUUGUUACCCCUUAAUGUAUUCAAUUUAAUCUAGCAUUUUGCAAUAAUAAAAGCCUGUGAAUGUCUGUACUCAUAAUGAAAGGUGAUAUAUGUACUGAAAGAGGUGUUUAACUUGUGAAAAAUUGUGUACAUGAAACUUCCUGAUAGACUGAAACUGUGUGCUGGAUCAAGACUGGGAACUUGGGAACUUUGCCUUUCAUGGGAAGUGCUCUAGCAGGAGAGCUUCUGUGAAGUUUGGAAGGUAGGAGACGAGUUACUGGCAGACAUAAAGCUGUGAUGACAGGUCAUGAGUUGUGCUUGGGUAGCUUAGUUGGUAGAGCACUUGCCCAUGAAAGGCAAACGUCAUGAGUUCAAGUCUUGGUCCAGCUCACAGUUUUAAUCUACCAGGAAGUUUCAUAUCAGCUCACACUCUGGUGAAGAGUGAAAAUUUCAUUCUGGAAUUGUGUACUUGCUCAACUGAAUGCUUAAAGUUGCAUAAUCUAAAAUAGAUCUCUUACAGUAAUACUCCAUUAGAAUUUAUCUCCAUCUACAUAAACAAUGUAUAAUCAUCAUCUCUCUUAAAUCAUGUAAUAUAUUAAAAUUAAUGACAAAGAUGUUGUUAUUUUCUAUUUGACACUGAAACAAUAAAAUUCCUUAUUAGAAAACAUUUUUCCAGUAUCAAAAUUCAUUAGUAACAUGCAGUGACACACCCCUCAAACAAAAUAAAUACAAUUAUUUUUCCAUCAUUUAAAUGAAGAAGAAACAAUUUAAUUUACAGCAGUUAAAGUUUAUUUCAAAGACAAAGAUGUUUUUGACAAAAUUACAGAUAUACUGAGUUGUUUUUCUAUAGCAACCUCGAGUUCUUAGACAUAAACAUUACAGUUCAGUGUUUUACUGUUAUCUAAGAGUUAUCAGUGGAUUCAGCUACCCUCACACCAGUGAAGAAUGCAUUAAGAAAAAGUUACUGUAACAAUGACUUCCUGACUGAAUUAGAAAUUUGUUACCCCUUAAUGUAUUCAAUUUAAUCUAGCAUUUUGCAACAGUAAAAGCCUGUGAAUGUCUGUACUCAUAAUGAAAGGUGAUAUAUGUACUGAAAGAGGUGUUUAACUUGUGAAAAAUUGUGUACAUGAAACUUCCUGAUAGACUGAAACUGUGUGCCAGAUCAAGACUGGGAACUUGGGAACUUUGCCUUUCAUGGGAAGUGCUCUAGCAGGAGAGCUUCUGUGAAGUUUGGAAGGUAGGAGACGAGUUACUGGCAGACAUAAAGCUGUGAUGACAGGUCAUGAGUUGUGCUUGGGUAGCUUAGUUGGUAGAGCACUUGCCCAUGAAAGGCAAACGUCAUGAGUUCAAGUCUUGGUCCAGCUCACAGUUUUAAUCUACAAGGAAGUUUCAUAUCAGCUCACACUCUGGUGAAGAGUGAAAAUUUCAAUCUGGAAUUGUGUACUUGCUCAACUGAAUGCUUAAAGUUGCAUAAUCUAAAAUAGAUCUCUUACAGUAAUACUCCAUUAGAAUGUAUCAUCAUCAUCUCUCAUAAAUCAUGAAAUAUAUUAAAAUUAAUGACAAA